AUGACCGACUCUCACUCGUCUGGCUCUGUGGGAAACUACAACAGCAGCUUUCCCACCACCGGUGCAUGGAACAUCACUGGCAGCGGCCCGUGGCUGUUGGCCUUCAUGCUGACUGUCAUCAUCCUCAUGACAGUCUGUGGCAACGUGUUGCUCAUCGCUUUGGUGUUCGCCCAUCGCUCUCUGCGCUGCACCUCAAACUGCUUCUUGGUGUCUCUGUUCCUAUCGGACCUGAUGGUGGCCCUGGUGGUGAUGCCCCCGGCCAUGCUCAAUGUGCUGUGUGGGGCCUGGGUGUUGUGGCCCGCGUUCUGCCCGAUUUGGCUUUGCUUUGAUGUCAUGUGCUGCAGUGCAUCCAUCCUCAACCUGUGUGUCAUCAGCCUGGACCGUUACCUCUUCAUCAUCUCACCGCUGCUCUACAAGCAAAGGAUGACCCCACCUCGAGCGCUCCUCCUGGUGGGAGCUGCUUGGGGGCUGGCGGCACUGGCCUCCUUCCUGCCCAUUGAGAUGAGAUGGAACAGCUUAGGCCUCGGCAAUGGACACUCACCUGUACCGGGCGUCAGCAGUAGCAACAUCACCUCCUACUCUGACACACUGUAUCCGGCAUCCUACUUUCAGCUGUCACCACCAGGAGGCCUUUCCUUCCAGUGCCGCCUUCGGGUAACCUUGCCCUUUGCUUUCGUGGCAUCUGUGCUCACCUUCUUUUUGCCCUCAAGCGCCAUUUGCUUCACCUACUGCCGGAUCCUCCUGGCAGCACGGAGACAGGCAAAGAGGGUUGCGGCUCUGAGCCACCCACCGCACCCACACCCGUCUCUUGGGGAACCGUCCAGGCCUCCUUCACCCGGGGUCGUGGCCGCACAAGCACAGCGGGAUGGAGAUGAUUGCGGGUACCAGGAACCUCCUGUGUCACAAAAUGCACCGCCAUCCGUUAACAGUGAGCGCCGCCUGGCUCGAAGGCAUGGCCGGAGGGCACUGAAGGCCAGUCUGACACUGGGAGUUCUCCUGGGACUCUUCUUCAGUGCUUGGCUCCCCUUCUUCAUCACCAACAUGGCUCAGGCAGUGUGUGAGUGCGUCCCCCUCGCCCUCUUUGACGCCAUCACCUGGCUGGGCUACUGCAACAGCACAAUGAACCCCAUCAUCUACCCGCUGUUCAUGAGAGACUUCAAGCGAGCUCUGGGUAAGCUCUUGCCCUGCUGCUCUUCGCUGUCGCCAAGGAGACCCUCGCCCGCCCUCUCCCUCUCUCUGCGCAACUCAGGAGAGCCCAACAUCGCCAGCACGCCGCCCUCUCCCUUGGCCUCUGACCCCACACAUCCCCCCGCCACCGCCACCGAUGCUGUCAACCUGUUUGAUGCCGAGCAUGCUGGGAUUGAGUUGCCUCUGCUUCUUCCCAAUCAGGUUGAAACCCUGGAUUAA